AGCGGCGGCGGCGGCGGCGGCGGCGUCUUCGCUCGCGCCAAGAUGGCGGACGAGGCGGGCGAGGGGCUGCCGCGCUCCGUCCUGCCGGGCCCGCUGAGGGGCGGCGGCGGCGGCGGCGGCGGGGGGGGCUCGUCGUCGUCGUCGUCCUCCUCCUCGGCGCUCCCCGCCGCCGCCGCCGCCGCCGCCGCCGCCGCCUCCCCGCCGCCGCCGCCCGCCGCCCCCUCCGCGGCCGCGCUGGCGGGCCCGCGCGUGGUGCGCAUCGUGAAGUCGGAGUCGGGCUACGGGUUCAACGUGCGCGGGCAGGUCAGCGAGGGCGGACAGCUGCGCAGCAUCAACGGCGAGCUCUACGCGCCGCUGCAGCACGUCAGCGCCGUCCUGGGCGGAGGGGCGGCCGAGCGCGCCGGCGUCCGCAAGGGCGACCGCAUCCUGGAGGUAAAUGGCGUGAACGUGGAAGGGGCCACCCACAAGCAGGUGGUGGACCUGAUCCGGGCUGGCGAGAAGGAGCUGAUCCUGACUGUGUUGUCAGUGCCCCCCCACGAGGCUGACAACCUGGACCCCGGCGACGACUCCCUGGGCCAGUCCUUUUACGACUACACGGAAAAGCAGGCCGUGCCCAUCUCCAUCCCCACCUACAAGCACGUGGAGCAGAAUGGUGAGAAGUUCGUGGUUUAUAACGUUUACAUGGCAGGCCGGCAGCUGUGUUCGAAGCGGUACCGCGAAUUUGCCAUCUUGCACCAGAACCUGAAGCGGGAGUUCGCCAAUUUUACUUUCCCCCGCUUGCCGGGCAAAUGGCCGUUCUCGCUGUCGGAGCAGCAGCUGGACGCCAGGAGGCGGGGCCUCGAGGAAUACCUGGAAAAGGUGUGCUCCAUCCGGGUGAUCGGGGAGAGUGAUGUCAUGCAGGAAUUCCUGUCGGAAUCGGAUGAGAAUUUCAAUGGGGUGUCGGACGUGGAACUCCGAGUGGCCCUUCCAGAUAUCACAACAGUGACCGUCCGGGUUAAAAAGAACAGCACCACCGACCAAGUCUACCAGGCCGUUGCUUCCAAGGUUGGGAUGGAUGGCACAACAGCAAACUACUUUGCUUUGUUUGAAGUGAUCAAUCAUUCUUUCGUGCGGAAGCUGGCGCCCAACGAGUUCCCCCACAAGCUGUACGUGCAGAACUACACCUCGGCCGUGCCGGGGACCUGCCUGACGAUCAGGAAGUGGCUGUUCACCACCGAAGAAGAGGUUCUCCUGAACGAUAACGAUCUGGCGGUCACGUACUUCUUCCACCAGGCGGUCGACGAUGUGAAGAAAGGGUACGUCAAAGCCGAGGAGAAGUCCUACCAGCUGCAGAAGCUUUGCGAGCAGAGGAAGAUGGUCAUGUAUCUGAACAUGCUGCGGACUUGCGAGGGCUACAGCGAGAUCGUCUUCCCCCACUGCUCCUGCGACUCACGCCGCAAAGGCCACGUGGUCACGGCCAUCAGCAUCCAGCACUUUAAGCUCCACGCUUGCACCGAGGAGGGCCAGCUCGAGAACCAGGUCAUCGCUUUUGAAUGGGAUGAGAUGCAGCGGUGGGACACCGACGAGGAAGGGAUGGCCUUCUGCUUCGAAUACGCGCGGGGGGAGAAGAAGCCGCGAUGGGUCAAGAUCUUCACCCCUUACUUCAACUACAUGCACGAGUGUUUUGAACGCAUUUUCUGCGAACUGAAGUGGCGGAAAGAGGUGGAAGAGGAGGCAACCGACAAGGACAACAAGAAUUGCAGCGAGGACAGCAUGUGCAGUAAGAAUAUCUUCCAGGUGAUGCGGACGCAGCACAGAGACAUUGCGACUUGAGCCUCUUUGGACAACCGACAAAAGCGUAUUACCCCUUUCCCAGCCCGUCCUGAAAAAUUAACACUUUUCAAAAUGGGGGGGAAAAAAAGAGAAAGAGAGAGAGGGAAAUGUUUUAUUGUAUUAAACUCAUAUUAAUUCCAUUUGUGAAUGUCCUGUUAAGCAAUGGGGUGGGAGGGGACAGGGAGACCACCAUUAUCCAGAUCAAGGGAGUGGGGCGCCCGGUUUGUUGCCAGCAAUUAUGUUUUUAUUUUUUUAUUUUUUUAUUUUUUGGUAGUUUGUCCCCUACCAUUUUUGGAGUGACCUGUUGUUGGAAGGUAGACGGCGCUGAACUUUUUUUUUUUUUUUCCUUUUAACAACUGGAUGGAGACUCGUACAUCCAUUUGCACUGUUUGGAAUAUAUAUGUAUGUAUGUAAAAACAAAUAUAUAUAUAGACAAACUUAUCACGCCCCUAUAUACAUAUAUAUAGUUUUUCAUAUUGGUGGCUGUUACAUUAGAGGCACUUGUCUUUCUGCGGGGAGAUGGGAAAUUGGCUUUCCCUCUUGGGCCCCGUACGGGAAUUCCCUGGAGCUGAAAUACAGUUUGAACCCCUUCAAAGGGCGGCCCAGGCUUUGCAAUCUCGCGGGGAAUGUGAAUGUGCCGUUUAGAUCACCCCUCGCCCGGCAUUGAAGCUGAAACUUCAAAAAGUGGGAGCGUUUUGACCAAACCUUUGGGUUAAAUCGGGACUGAGAUGGCCAGGUGUACGUUUACGGUGAUAAGUACAGGUCCCUUGCUGGGGUUGAAACGCAAAAUCUAGCUUCAGCUUCUGCGCUUGUAACUUCCCUCUUCUCCCCCCCUUCCUCCUCCCUGGUGAUAUUAAAACUUCCUUGGUUUCGUAUUUCAGCAUUUCAGAUUUUGUGUUUGGCUGAGAAGUAGGAGAGAAUUUUCCCCCCCUCCUUUUCGGUAGUCUGAAGGUGGAACUUGCAACCAGCUUAAGGCGGUGGGUAAGGGUGAGAAUUUGUUCUAUGCCUGCACUUCCCCUUGGGUAAACAAAUCCUACUUUUCCCCGCCAAAGCCCUUUGCCAAUUUGUUGCUCAACGGCUGAGGCCAGGCUUGUCCCUGGGCAGCCAGUUGCUAACCGCAAAAACGGUCAUGCAGCUGGACCAGGGCCAUUCUCAGCCAAGCUGCAGGAACGGGGAGGCUGGCGUGGCAUCUGAAAAAAGUGGCUGCGUUUCAGUUUUGGGGAGAGAAAGUGGGUGGCAGCACGUGCCUGGGAUGGUAGAAGAGGCAUCCGUUGGAUCUCAGGGUGGCAAGGGAGUAAUGGCAGCCAUGUGCCCUCGAUGGUAAGAGAUGCUCCUGAAUGCACUAAAAAGCAUGCAAUUACUCCAUGGCCAAAAGAUCCUUCUGGGGAGUUCGUCAGAGUCUGUGUGGCUGCUCAAUUUUAGAAAUGAAGAGGGAGGGCAAGGGCAUGCGCUGCGUAGACCUCAGCUUGGUUUCCUAUUAAAAGGAUGAAUGCUUGCCCUAGCCCUGAGAAUCCACCGAUCCAACUAAUAAUGGCAAGAAGGGCCAUCUGUACCGGGGCUUUCUUCUGGAGUGUUGAGACAGCCAGAAUUCGAGAGCUAGUAGGAUUUGCUGGAAGGGGACCGUAGCUCAAAGGCAGCAGGGGUGUUUUGCACGCAGGCUCGUCUCCUUAAGGACUAGCGCCUUGCUUUAGCCCAAAGGAAACAACACCAAGAAAAAACGAGAGCUUUGGCAUCCUAGCCCUAAGUGCAAAUUCGGCUGUGCUGUGUUUAGUGGACGGGGGGUAUACGCUUGAAGUAAUAAGUCUUGGAGAGCGCCGAAGCAACAUACCUCCCUCUCCUUGAUUCUUAACCAGGAUAAUGCUUUGGGGACGAUGCCUUAGUGGUUGAUUCAGGAUCCUGGCUCCCACAACCACCCUGGCCAGGUUUUAAAGCAAAUGCUCUGGGUGCAAGCAAUAUCCGAGGGUGGCGGGAUCAAAGGGGUCUGAACGCACUCCCGGAUGGGAAAGAAAGGACCAGUCGCUCUUAUCCGGGCAGCAGAGCUUCUUGCUAAAAGUUUGUCCGCUGUUUCCCCAUCAAAAGCACUUCAAGUGUUUCGGCUUCGUUUCCGACGGCCUCCUCAGAGCCCCAUCGAGCCGGCGUGAGUGCCCGUUUUGAAUUGCAGUCCGUUACCCAUUUCUGAGCAAAAGGCGACAUUUGCGGCAUUUCCUGCCUGGGUACGGAUGUUCCCUCCUCCAUUCCUCCAGGAUGCAGCAUGUAAAAAAGGCAUCUUGCUGCAAAAAAAGAACCCGCCAUUGUUUUUUUUUUCCCCCAACUGCAAUAACUGUGUGGAAUCACUUUGAGGCUUGAUUGAUUGUUUCCAUUACAGAAUUGUGAGUUGCUGUAACACCACAGCCUGCUAUCAAAGGAUCAGGAUGAAAAACGUCUCCAUCUGACCCCCAAUUUCCUCUUUUUCUUUUUUU